AUGGAAACCGACGUUCCUACUAAGCCCCAGCGUGCUUCAGACGGAGGCUCAUCCAGCAAGUCGUUUGUUAACAUGGAUGCUUUGCAAGACGAAUGGAGCAUCUUCCCAUGGAACCAUUUUCCAGGUUAUACGAUUUCCGAGCGUGCUGGCAGGCAGACUUCGUGGGUCUGGCAGCAUGGUUUCGACAUUCAACCUAGCGAUUCUCCCACGAAAAGAAAAUGGAACAUCGAGAAUCAUCUGUUCAAAGAGCACAGGCUUGUCGAUCUGUCCGGGAAGAGGGGGCCGCCCGCUCUUGGGAAAGGAACCAGGGACAAGACCCCGUCAAAGAAUAUUGUGGAGAUGUUGAACCUCAAUGCUUCAGACCCCAAAGAGCAAGGUAUCGCGAACGCCCUCAUCCAGCGCUUCGAUAAGGACCAUUUUCAGAGACUUCUUCUCGAGUGGGUGGUCGACGCCAACGUCUCCUUUCGCCAGCCCGAGCACUGUCGCCUCCGACAUAUUUUCGAAUACCUGAAUCCAUCGGUCGCAGAUGGAGUUCCAUCAAAGCUUGUCCUAGGCAUGCCGGAGCUGAAGAUCUCACACUCGGGAGAAAACAUUGCAGCCCAGAUCCUCGAGAUCCUAGAGAGCUAUGAGAUCCUCGACAAGGUGGGCUAUAUUACACUGGACAACGCUGGCAAUAUGGAUACGGCGACAGAGGAGAUUGCAGAGGCACUGGGCUUUGAUCCGAAGAAGCGGAGGGUGCGAUGCUUCGGCCACGUGCUCAACUUGGUGGUCAAGGCGCUAUUAUUUGGACACAAGGCCGACGCGUUUGAGGCAGAGAUUAACGGGAGCCUGUUCUUGACGCGGUCCAGCAUGAAAUCUGGCGAAAGAAAGGCCCAGUCGGAAAGCUCCACAACCUAG